GCCGGAGCGGCGGCACCACCUCGGCGGCGCUGGGCCGGGCUCCCCCCUCGCGUCUCUCUCGCCGCCUUUUCCUGUCUGCAUCCUCUCCGGUCCUCCCCCCCCUCGCCAUUUUCACCCGGGAGUUGCUCAGCGGGACUUCUCUGAAACUUCGCGGGGGAACGCGCCCGGCGCCUUCGGGGCGGCCGCAAACUUUUCACCGCGGUGCCCGCCUCUUCCCCACCGUCCCUGACCCCUCGGCUCCGGCGGCGGCUCCGGCGGGAAGUUUUCGAUGAGCGCCCCUCCGCUGAUCCGGCCGCCCAGCCCGCUGCCGCCGCCGGGGACAGUUGCCGGCGGCGGCGUCGCCUUCCACCUCCAGAUCGGGCUGAGCCGGGAGCCGGUGCUGCUGCUGCAGGACUCCUCGGGGGACCUGAGCCUGGCGCACGUCCGGGAAAUGGCUUGCUCCAUCGUCGACCAGAAGUUUCCCGAAUGUGGCUUCUAUGGAAUGUAUGACAAAAUUCUGCUCUUCCGCCAUGACCCUACCUCUGAAAACAUUCUGCAGUUGGUGAAAUCAGCUUCAGAUAUUCAAGAAGGAGACCUAGUUGAAGUUGUCUUGUCAGCUUCUGCUACAUUUGAAGACUUCCAGAUCCGGCCCCAUGCUCUUUUUGUUCAUUCCUAUCGAGCGCCGGCCUUCUGUGACCAUUGUGGGGAAAUGCUAUGGGGGCUGGUGCGUCAGGGGCUCAAAUGUGAAGGAUGUGGUCUAAAUUACCACAAGAGAUGCGCGUUUAAAAUCCCGAACAACUGCAGCGGCGUACGGAAAAGGCGGCUCUCAAACGUCUCCCUGACAGGACUCAACAGUGUUCGAACAGUUUCUGCAGAGCCCUCCCCCAGUAUGCCGGAUGAAGCCCUUCUGCAAAAAACACAAUCAGAAUCAUUCACUGGACGAGAGAAGAGAUCAAAUUCACAGUCCUACAUUGGACGACCCAUUCAGCUAGACAAGAUCUUGCUGUCCAAGGUUAAAGUGCCUCACACUUUUGUCAUCCACUCUUACACGCGGCCAACAGUUUGCCAGUACUGUAAGAAGCUUCUCAAAGGGCUUUUUAGGCAGGGUUUGCAGUGCAAAGACUGUAGGUUCAACUGUCAUAAACGCUGUGCUCCUAAAGUGCCAAAUAACUGCCUGGGGGAAGUUGCCAUUAAUGGAGAUCUCCUUAGUCCUGGGGCUGAGUCUGAUGUGGUCAUGGAAGAAGGAAGUGAUGACAAUGACAGUGAAAGAAACAGUGGUUUUAUAGAUGACAUGGAAGAAUCUAUAUCUCAUGACUCUGAGAUGUCAAUGACAGGAUGCCAUAGUGACAAUGGGGAAAUGCAGGAUGCUGAUCCAGAUCAUGAUGAAUCUAACAGGAUGAUCAGCCCUUCAACCAGCAACAAUAUUCCAUUAAUGAGAGUGGUGCAAUCUGUGAAGCACACAAAAAGGAGAAGUAGCACAGUAAUGAAGGAGGGUUGGAUGGUUCACUAUACAAGCAAGGACACACUGAGGAAACGACACUACUGGAGACUGGACAGCAAAUGCAUUACACUUUUUCAAAAUGAUACUGGAAGCAAAUAUUACAAAGAAAUCCCAUUGUCUGAGAUUUUGUCUCUGGAGCCUGCAAAAACCUUCAAUUUACUGCCUCCAGGAGCCAGUCCUCAUUGUUUUGAAAUAAGCACAGCAAAUAUAGUCUAUUAUGUUGGAGAAAACAUAGAAAACCUCUCAAGUCUUCCACUGAAUAGCAGUGUUAUCACCAGUGGUAUUGGCAUUGACGUGGCACGAAUGUGGGAGAUGGCAAUACAGCAUGCCCUAAUGCCUGUCAUCCCCAAAGGAGCAUCAACUGGGUCAGGACCCAGCCUACACAGGGAUAUAUCCAUCAGUAUUUCUGUGUCAAACUGCCAAGUUCAAGAAAAUGUGGAUAUUAGCACUGUAUACCAGAUCUUCCCAGAUGAGGUGUUGGGAUCAGGACAGUUUGGAAUUGUUUAUGGAGGAAAACAUCGUAAAACAGGAAGAGAUGUUGCCAUUAAAAUAAUUGACAAACUAAGAUUUCCAACUAAACAGGAAAGUCAACUUCGUAACGAAGUUGCAAUUUUACAGAAUCUUCAUCAUCCCGGCGUUGUAAAUCUGGAGUGUAUGUUUGAGACACCAGAAAGGGUGUUUGUUGUUAUGGAAAAACUCCAUGGAGACAUGCUGGAGAUGAUCUUAUCGAGUGAAAAGGGCAGAUUGCCAGAGAGAAUAACAAAGUUUUUAAUUACUCAGAUACUUGUUGCUUUAAGACAUCUUCAUUUCAAAAAUAUUGUUCAUUGUGACCUCAAACCAGAAAAUGUGCUAUUGGCAUCAGCUGAUCCUUUCCCACAGGUAAAACUUUGUGAUUUUGGCUUUGCCCGCAUAAUUGGAGAGAAAUCUUUUAGGCGUUCAGUUGUAGGAACGCCAGCCUACCUUGCUCCAGAAGUGCUGAGAAACAAAGGCUACAACAGGUCUCUGGAUAUGUGGUCUGUGGGUGUGAUCAUUUAUGUAAGCCUCAGUGGUACCUUUCCAUUCAAUGAAGAUGAAGACAUACAUGACCAAAUCCAGAAUGCUGCUUUCAUGUAUCCACCUAAUCCCUGGAAAGAAAUUUCUCACGAAGCUAUUGAUCUCAUAAAUAAUUUGUUGCAAGUAAAAAUGAGGAAGCGCUACAGUGUGGACAAAACAUUAAGCCACCCCUGGUUACAGGACUAUCAAACCUGGCUAGAUUUAAGGGAACUGGAAUGUAAAAUGGGUGAGCGUUACAUCACUCACGAAAGUGAUGACUCCCGAUGGGAACAGUAUUCAGGAGAACACGGAUUGCAGUAUCCAGCACACCUUAUCAGUCCAACUGCUAACCAUAACGAAAACACCAAGCUAGAAGAAACAGAAAUGAAAGCCCUCAGUGAGCGUGUCAGCAUCCUUUAAGUUGCAUCCUUUAUAAUCUGUCAAAACACUGUGGAAUUAAUAAAUACAUACGGUCAGGUUUAACGUUUGCCUUGCAGAACUGCCAUUAUUUUCUGUCAGAUGGGAACAAAGCUGUUAUGCUGUUACACUGUUGAUGUAUCUGAGUUGCCAAGACAAAUCAACAGAAACAUUUUUUGUGUGACCAACUGUGUUGUAUUUACUAAAGUUCCCAGAAACACUAAACUUGUUAUUGUGAAUGAUUCAUGUUGUAUUUAAUGUAUUAAAACCUGUCUCCACGGUGCCUUUGCAAACUAGUGGUUUUCUUACUUGAGCCUCAUUUUGGUAAGAGAGAACUUUCCAUGAAGAUCUGGGGGGUUUAUUUGUGCAUCAUUAGUAUUGUAAUUGUAAGCAAACUCUUGAAGAGUAGAUUAUAACUGCUGUUCUGUGAACAACUUCUACCAUUUGGAUAAGAGCUUUAUUUAGUGUCAAAAAAAAAAAAUAAAUAGAAAAAGCAAAAAAUAACGGAUUGCAUAGCACUGUACAGUUUUGAAUCAGAUAACCUGUGUGUCUGUGCUUGUGUAUGUAGAUACAUGGACACACACUCUAUAACUUGCUUUUAAACCUAAAUGCCUUAAGUAAUGUAAACUGCAGCGUAUGCCUGUUGUAUUUCACCUUUUCUUAAAGUAUUAUUCUCUAAUAUGUACAUUCAGAAGCUAAAUAUCUUGUUGACUUUGUGUAUGUUUUCAAUAAAAGUCUUGUUAAAAUA